GCGGCAGUCUUCCUCAGUACCGACUGGCAGCCAAGCAGUCAGUCAAAAAGAUUCCUGUUUUCUUCUUCUUCGGCCUGCUGUUUCGUUCGUCGUCCAUCAACAUCGCUGGCUGAUGGUUGAGGUCGUUUUUUUCUCUGUCCGAAAAAAUAUACAUGGACCGCUGGAGGAAGAGCAUUGAAAAGUGUGUUUGGCCAUCCAGCAUAAAAGAAAAAUCCGAUUCACAGUGCUAUCGGUUUCGGGAAUGGAAAAUGAUGGCGUUUUGACAGUCGCGAAAAGUGCGUGAACGGAUCUUGUUUGAGAACCCCAUUUCGCUGGUGGAAUUUAGGUGUGAAAUAAUAAUAACAUCGGAGGCUGUGCCUACUGUAAGUGUGUGUUUUAACGUGACAAAUUGAAGUGUAGUUCCGGACACGGCGAUGAAAAGUAUAAAAUCGAAAAUGUUCGAUUGAAAGAGUGAAUCGAGGAUUUAUUUCGGAGUACAAUGAUACCGAAGUUGGCGGCUAUUGGUCCAUGGUCUCCUACAAGUGUUGCAACAACGGUGAAGAUUCUGUCUAUAUAACGCAUCGAUGGCGAUGAAAUGGUGCUUCGGUAGUGGUAGUGCAAAAAAGGUAAAUUUGCUUCACACAGCUUGGAAUAAGGAUGUGUGAAUGUUUGAAAACAAACAGUGAUCAUAAUUGGUUUUACGGAUCUUUCGAAGGGAUAAUGCACUGGAAUAUUUGAGCACUAAUUCAAGAUAACUUCUAACCGCAAAUCACCGGGUGCAAUUUCCCGGAACACACACGUCGAACAGACGUUGGAUAUGGUAAAAAGCUCGUUGUUGCUUUCAUACACAAAAAUAAAGAAAACCACAGAAGUGUUGUUCAAUCCAUCAUAUCGGACAAGCAGCCAUUCAAACGAAGUGUGCUCCCGCAUUGAAAACACGGCGGCGAUAAUCAAAUUUUCGAAAUAAAAAAGCUAUAAGUGCUUGCUAACGAAUCUACACGUCUUCCGCACGGUUGAUAUAUGAACUACAAAGCAAAACCGCAAGCUUUUUCUCGAUGAGUCAGUAUUCUUCAUACAAAUUUGAUGACGUUACGUGCAGUGGACCCAGACCACCAGUGCCAGGAGAGGAAAGCCGGCGGAAGAUGACUGACACCCUACAUCGGGACAAAUCGCGCGACUCUCCGCCGGCCUACUACCGGUGGGCGGACAAGCUCACCAACCUGCUCGAGGAUGCCGACGGGGCCGAGCUGUUCAAGCGGUUUGUGGAGCUCGAGGGCGAAGAGCACUCGAGCCGGCUCAAGUUCUACUUUGCCUGCGAGGGUCUCAAGCAGCUUAGUAAUCCGGAAAAGGUGACCCAAACGAUUGGUGCAAUAUACCGGCGGUUCCUGAAGCGGGUACCACGGGAAUCGAAGCUGUACUGCAACGAUCAGAUUCGGAAUAUGAUCAAAGCUGGGCUUAAGAAUGAGAUGAUUCUCACCCCGGACAUAUUUGAUCAGAUGCAAUCGGACGUGGCAGCCAUCAUAAGCACUUCGACCUACCCGAACUUCCUCCAAUCGGACCUGUACAUACAAUAUGUCCAGAAUAUGCAAUUCGGCAGCGGCAGUGGUAGCGGAGGUGCCAGCUGUAUUAGUCUUCCCAUUGGUGUGCCGGCAGCCGGACCCAGUUCUGCUGUGCCCGGUGCACUGUCCUCGAUGACCAGUAGUAGUUCCACUUCGGAGCUAAUAUCGCAUAGUUCCUCCGCCUUGCCAACCCUGCACGAAGAUUCCGAACUAGUCAAUGCCGAUUCGAUCGAGCAGCUGUACGGUGCUACCGGGCCCGUUGUAGCGGCCAGCAAUAUAUCGUUCACUUCCGGUGUCAGCGGGAGCGGGAGCAGCAGUAACACUACUAUACCUUCCAACAAACCAGCGAUGACACUGACGAAGGAUGCACUGAUAGCGACGCAGAAGCGACGGCUCGAGAUGAGGCCUCCAGGACCACACGGAUUCUCUGUGUACACGAACUAUGCAUCCUAUAAUCCGGUAUCGCGCCGUGAUUCGGAACUGGCCAGUCUCAGCUCGGGUCGGACCGAUUCCGAUAAAGUGUCCCUUCCGACUAGCACAUCCGCUGACGGUCGACCCCACUCGCAGAGUAAACAUCACUAUCGUCACCACACGUCGAUCGAACGAAGACUGAUGAACGAAAAUGCCAUUGCCAACGAGGAACCGGAUGCAUUUGCAAUCAUCCCUCGAACACACAGGCAUUUUCAGAAACCCUUACCUCCGGACCAAUUCGUCUCAGUGCUUACCAAUAAGCUGAAGAUGGUUCAGCAAGAGCGAGAGAACAAAGAACUGCUUAGUAAAAAGUUACAGGAGAUUGAACAAUCCGACAAGUCGCAAAGCAAUAAAUUCUUCGCCGAUGCCAUCCGUCAGAAGCUGCAAGUAGAAGACGACAGCGAUCAGGACAUCCUCGAUAAGCACGUUUCGAGGGUAUGGUCUGAUCUCACGCCCAGUCGAUCACCGGGUACAAUGUCACCGUGUCCGAACAUCAGCCGGGCCCGGCGUCACGAGGUGGGCGGAUUCGGUGGUGGUUCAAUGAGCGCACAGUCUUCGAUGCGACACUCAAAAUCGAUGCCCGAGGGACACCCGAUGGGUAUGAUGGGACCUCCGGCGCAACCACGGAGGCUCAACAACAAAUGGCCUUCGGUUUACACCGACAGCGGAAUCAGUUUACUCUCCACCGACACACUUACCAAGUCCAGCAAUGCGGACAUGCAAAGUGUUAGUACAAGCAGUUCCCGGCCAUUGUCGCGAACCAUGCACGCCGACAUGUCCCUAGCGAAUACUGCCACCCUCCUGCAAGAAUCCAGCCGGCGAUUGGAUGACGAGCCGAGGAGGUCCAAACGCUACCAGCAUCCGCUUCCACCACCUCCGUUGCCACCGCCUGCCGCUUCCGUUCCACUUGUGCCACCGCCAAUACCUGCCAAACCAUCUAGUUCCGCACCGUCGGAGUUCACCAUCGUGGUGUAUUCGUUCUGCGACGAGGAGGUUCCCUACCGGAUAAAGAUCCCCGGAUCGCAUCCCCCGACGCUCAAGCAGUUCAAGGACUACCUGCCGAAGAAGGGCAACUACCGAUUCUUCUUUAAAACCCGCUGCGACGAUAUGGACAGCCCAGUGAUCCAAGAGGAAAUCAACAGCGACAGUGAAAUGUUACCCCUGUUUGAGGGCAAAGUAAUGGGAACGGUGAAACCGUUAGACUGAACCUUCCAUUCUUAUGGCCACGCAGGGUGUAGCCCCUACCGCAGCCGUAGAGGCGCCGGAAUCGAUCGAACACGGGUGCCGACUGAUGGACAAGGCAGAAACAACCACCGGCAGCGAAUGCAAUUCAAAAUUUAACUUCGUUCCGUCAAAGCUUACAUACCUACACACAUACCCCGAGCAAAGCUGGAGAUCAAACUGAAAUCAAAAUGUGCUGUUAUGGUGUAUCUUUUUUUGAUUACUCCAGUGGAUCUCGGUUUGUAUGAAUUAACGGUUAAUGCUGCAGAACUGAGAGCAUAGUUACACUCUGUUGAAUCAAAAGGAAAACUAAUCAUGCUUUCAAUGAAAUCAAUUUGAUAACUGAUUUUGAUUUCAUAACAUUCAACUGGAUACGGACCUGGCGUACAAGGUUAGCAUUCAUGCCUCUCACGUUGAAAGAUGACUUCAAAUCCAACCCCGGACUAUCUGUAGUUCAACGACAGGUGAAAUUUAAUUUAAUUUUCAACAAAGACGUUAACAGCAAAACUUGGAGUUAAGUUGCUCUCAUUAAAAAAAAUCUUGACUCUCUAAUGAAAGCUUAAUAUGAUAUCAGACCGAUUGCGAGACAGUUGAUAUCAAAAUGAGUUUUCGUUAUGAUAGGCAGCAAACGAUUUGCUUUCAUUUAAUUAACCGGCUUUGCUCGGGACACAAGUUAGUUUGCUUAACAAAACUGCCAAACCUUGUCGGCCGUCGCAAAUGUACAAUUGCGAAUAUUUAAGUUUGUUUUAGCAGGAUUUGAUCGAAACGGACUGCAUCAAUCUCUUUGUUUAAGAUUAGGAGCAGAUAGAAUACAUUUUUAAAUUUUUUUUUAAAUCAAAAAUCGAAGUCUUCACGUGGCAUUUCCAAGCUUAAAUUAAUGUAAAAUGUUUUAUUUUUUUCCAAUCUUCUUUUAUUUAAUCAGCCGUGGUGGUAAGAAUAUUGCAACUUAAAAGUGCCUUUUACGAAAUCGCAUAAACGCGAACAAAUGCGACAAAGACGACUUACUGAAACAGUGCACGUUUUCUGUUUCAGUUAUGGGGGGGGGGAAAACGAAAGUGUUCAGUUACGAUUGCAGAACGAUAACACAAAUGUAUAAUGUAUAUAAAAUGAGUAGAACCUCUCUCCACAGUUUUUUUUUUAUCAACAUUACUCAUCGAUAAUCGGUGAGCGAGCAAAGCAGCGGUUGCAUUCAAAUGAUU